AUGGCCUCCAAGGAGGAACACGGCUCUUCUCGUCGACACCGAGACAGGAACGAUGAUUCAUCCCGUCGCCACCGAGACGAGAGCCGAGAAAGACGCAGGGACCGCGAUCGAAGGCGUUCCCGAACACCAGAAGACAGCUCCCGCCGGAAUCGUAGCCGUGACAGGGACCGAGAGAACAGACGGCACCGACAUCGCGACCGUAGUGGCGACCGUGAUCGAAGACGCAGACGUUCACCGGAAGAGGCUGAUAGCCGUCGGCGCCCGCGCAAUCAUCGGUCUGGAGAUGAAGAUGCGGAGCGUGACAGUCGCGCGCUGGCUCGGCGGCGAGAGAGCCCUGUGAGGAGGUCGGGACCAUUGCCAUCUCAGGAGGCUUCAUUUGCGGUCACCACACAGGAAGGCGGAGACCCCGAAAAGCCGAAAGAGAAGCCUAAUAUAGGAAACACAGGCCGGCUAGCUGCAAUGUCCAACUCAGUUGCCCAGGCGGACGGCUCAUCAAUCGUACUCAAGUAUCACGAGCCGGCAGAGGCGCGAAAGCCGCCCCCACGCGACCAGUGGAAGCUCUUCGUGUUCAAGGGCAGUGACAUAAUUGAUACCAUCGAGCUCAGCGCAAGGAGUUGCUGGUUAGUAGGGAGGGAAAUGGCCGUUGUUGACCUCGCCGCAGAGCAUCCAAGCAUCAGCAAGCAGCACGCCGUCAUACAGUUCCGCUACACCGAAAAAAGAAACGAGUUUGGCGACAAGAUUGGCAAAGUGAAGCCAUACCUGAUCGAUCUAGAGAGCGCUAAUGGGACUAUUCUAAAUGAUGAGAAAGUGCCUGAUAGUAGGUAUCUCGAACUCAGAGACAAGGACAUGAUUAUGUUUGGACAUAGCACACGGGAAUAUGUCAUCAUGCUGGCUCCAAAGGACUAG